AUGGUACCACAUCGCAGCCGCCCCUUACUGAGGGCGAACUUUAGCCUCGCCGUCAUUCUAUUCAGCAUGGCGAAGGGUCAGCCCUCACAUCCCAUAGAAUACUGUUCGCCCGUCAACACGGCCGAUAUGGAACCUUUUUCCUACACAUGGCAGAGUGAAGGCCGCUGUUUCGGCAACUGCACCGAUCUAAACUACGCAUUCGCCGUCCUGAAUAAUUACGAUUGCUGGUGCUCCAAUGUGGUGCCCAACCCCGACGACCAAAAGCCGGUUGAGGAAUGCCAGUUCCCUUGUCCCGGCUAUCCUACCGAUUAUUGCGGCGGAAACGGGGGGUUAUUUGGCUACUUGGAAAUCGCUGCGAAUAAGCCGACAGCGACAGCACCUGCAGGAUUCGGCUUGUCCGCAUCAACAUCAACAACCUCGUCGGGCCGCAGCACACCAACGACGCCGACAAUUCAAACCGUGACAGUGGGCGGAGUCGUCCAAACCGUCACUGUGUCUCCCGAUGCCACCGCUACCAGCGACCCGGCGUUAUCCGGGGUCGAAAACAAUGCCGGCCUCGAGACAGGCGCCAUCGUCGGAAUCGUGAUUGGUGUCAUUGGUGGACUGCUUGUGCUUGCAGCCUUCAUCUGGCUGUUCCUAAUGAAGCGGAGGAAAGAGAACCAAAACGCCGGCACAGGCUACAUCUCGCCGAUUCCAGGCGGCGGGUCUCCAGGGACCAUGACGACGCCGACAACGGGGGAGAUCUCGGGAGGCGGGAUUUUUGCAGCAGGCUCCCAGUCGUCCGGAAAGAGACGCAGCUACCUCAUGCCCGUUGAUCCGCGCCUCGAUCCGUUCCGCGCCGGCGGCCCGAACAAGAGCCGCGAGAGCUUUACUUCACUGCAGGACAACGAAGACUACUCGAGACCGGUUCACGAGCCCCCAAGGGUUCUGCGGGCUACGAACCCUGACCCUGACGACGACUGA